AUGUCGGAUUUUGGAGAACAUGUCCAUCUUCUGGCCACUCGAGCUGCACUGGCUCUCAGAGAGCUGAACGACAUGAUAUUCUCAAAACCGGUAGCUAGCCAGAUGCCGAUAAUCAUAGCAAACAAGGACCAUAUCAUAAAGCGGCUCAACGAAGACUUUACGCGGCCAUGGUUUGGCAAGAAGUCUGACAGUCGAGUGGUCGAUCUGGAGGAGAUGACGUACCUGGAAGUACUCAACCGACUCGUGGAGCUCAUGUACAAUGCAGACAAGUCCAGGUGGUUGGAUGUGUCGUAUGGAAGGCUGUUUGGGGAAUUCAUUUUGAGGAUGGAGGACCGAGUAUCUGGAUCAGAUCUCGCCCGGGCAUUUCAAUGGACCUCGCAACUUUUGGAUCCAAUUGAAGUCGUUCAUUUGUUGGAUGAGACGUAUCCAGAGAUAAGCCGCACCCUUAUUGCGCUUGAGGAUGUUCAGUAUCUGGUCUGGCUUUGCAAGCGCUCUGGGACCAAGCCAGUCCCCUUCGUUCCUAUCCUUGACGCUGACUUGCAUGUCUGGAUGAUGAAGGACAUAUAUUCGCAGUAUGAAGAUUUAGAUUCAGUCGUUGAUAGAGAUGUCCAGCGCACAAUUAUUUCCUUGGAUUCUGUAUCUGCAAAAUGUUGGAAGGUCACGAGUUUCAGCGAGUGGUUUGGGCUGAGUCAGCCAGACAAUUAUUGUAUUGUAUAA